CAAAAUCAGAACUGAGUGAGAUCGAGUCUCCGAAAACUUCCUUUCCCUUCCACACUACCACAGAAAAAUCUCUCUGCAUAAUGCAUUAGCCAUUAGGCCACUUGGUUCACGAAUACAGACUAUAGCGACUAACCUUGUUCUACUAUUAUUCAUGUUUACAUAGUACAAACCACAAAAAGAAGAUAUCAAUCAUCUUUCCCCGAAGGAAUCUUCCGCAUCUUUCCAGACGGCGCCGUUUCUGUCUUCUCACCAGGUCUCUGCGUCAUCAUCAACCAUCAUCCCCAUCUCCAGCUCCAGCCUCCUUCUGUAAUGGCCGUCGCUAUGUGGGGGUUGUCGACCCAGCCUCGUUUCUCAACCAUGUCUUUCCACAUUUCACUCAGAUCUCCCACUUCGCGCUGCUACGCUUCGCAGUCUCAGUCUCAGUCUCAGGUUGCCUUCGUCAAUGGGAACGCCGGAAGCAGAGAUUCCGAGAGGCAAGUGAUUCGUCUUGGUUUGCCCAGUAAAGGUCGCAUGUCUGCUGAUACCCUUGAACUUCUCAAGGAUUGUCAAUUGUCAGUUAAACAAGUUAAUCCCAGACAGUAUGUUGCUGAAAUUCCUCAGCUCUCCAACUUGGAAGUUUGGUUUCAGAGGCCGAAAGAUAUAGUAAGAAAAUUGUUAUCAGGAGAUCUUGACCUUGGUAUUGUGGGUCUUGAUACAAUCAGCGAAUAUGGUCAGGGGGAUGAAGAUCUUAUACUUGUACAUGAGGCUCUGGAAUAUGGAGAUUGCCGUUUAUCCAUUGCAAUUCCCCAAUAUGGAAUUUUUGAAAAUAUAAAUUCACUGAAGGAGCUUGCACAAAUGCCUCAAUGGACAGAAGAAAGGCCUCUGCGUGUUGCUACUGGAUUCACCUAUCUAGGUCCUAAAUUUAUGAGAGAGAAUGGGAUCAAACAUGUGUUUUUUUCUACUGCUGAUGGAGCACUGGAAGCAGCACCUGCGAUGGGAAUAGCUGAUGCUAUAUUGGACCUUGUGAGUAGUGGGACCACGCUGAGAGAAAACAACUUGAAAGAAAUUGAAGGAGGAACUGUGUUGGAAAGUCAGGCUGCCCUUAUUGCAAGCAGGAAAUCCAUGAUGCAAAGGAAAGGAGUUCUGGAGACAACUCAUGAGAUACUUGAAAGAUUGGAAGCACAUCUGAGGGCACUUGGACAGUUCACGGUUACUGCAAACAUGAGAGGAAGUAGUGCAGAGGAAGUGGCUGAGAGAAUAUUGAGUCAGCCAUCCUUAUCUGGUUUGCAGGGACCUACUAUAAGUCCUGUUUUCUGCAAACGUGAUGGGAAGGUAUCAGCAGACUACUAUGCCAUUGUCAUAUGUGUGCCGAAAAAAGAACUAUACAAGUCUAUACAGCAACUGAGAGCGAUUGGCGGCAGUGGAGUUCUCAUAUCGCCAUUGACCUAUAUUUUUGAUGAGGAAACUCCAAGAUGGCGUCGGCUUCUCUCGAAACUUGGAAUGUAAGCUACUUAGAUAGUGUUCAAAUGGUGGAGAGCCUUUUUUUCAGGUUAUUUACUGCUAUAGCCACAAGGAAGGACUUCCAUUUCUGUUGUGAAAGCCUCAAGAUGAAGAUGAUGACCAAAGCCCAGGUUUUGAUUCCAAAUCCACGAUGGGGCAUUUAAUGUGGAAACGCAUUAUGUCUAAGAUCCCAUCUAGUUGUUCUGCUUAAGGAUGAUGAACUUUUUAUUCUUGGGUUUAGAGAUGCUUCCUAAGUUUCUAGAAAUGUUUUAAAUUUGUUCAUUGUAAAUUUAAUUUUGAUCAAGUAAUGUGGUUUUUUUGUUGGAAAUAUUAACGGCUAUUUGAUAUUAUAAAACUUUGUUAUGUGUUGUGAA